AUGGCAGAAAAUCCGAGUUCUAAAAUCCCGAGAGACAGGUUGCAGCGUUAUAUGAACUAUCGCUUACUCAAGAUGGCUUGGGGUAAAACUGCUUAUAGCAUCUUGAUGAGAAGUGUAAAAACUUUGAGUGCAAGUUCCUGGACAGGAGAUAGUUAUGAAGUGAGUGGUUUUGCGCUAGCCAUAAAUUUGUGGGCAAUGUCAUCAGUGAAUGUGCUUGGUAAAUCAUUGGGAAAACCAUGCGAGACAUCCUCUUCUUCAGAUCCGUUGUGUCUACAUUGGGACUCAACAAGAACUCCGACAAUAACUGAAGUGUUAGAGAUGGAGAAGAUAAACAAUGUUGAGGUUAGCACAGUGAUUGGAUUGGCUGAGGAAUACAAACAUUUGGUGGGGGCAACACAUAGUGACGAUGCUGACUUUCACAAAGAUAUAGGUCAACAACGCAAGACAAAAGACGAAGAUGCAAAGCAUGGUGAAGAUCUGAACCAUAGUGAAGAUGAAGAGGAAAAUAAAGAUGAAGAGGAAAAGACAGAUGAAGUGGAAAAGAAAGAUGAAGAGUAUCAAAAGGAUAAGGAGCAAAGAAAAAAUAAAGAUCAUUCCAUGUCUAACAGCGAGAAACUUGAUAAGCUAAUCCAAAUGGUUCGUGAUUUGGAUAAGCGAGUAGUAGUGAUCCAAAAUGUUUUAGGAGUUAAGUUUAAUGACGGUUCACCAAACAAAGAAGAUUGUGAGAAUGGAGCUAGUUCUGGUGAUAGAAGAAGUGCACAAGAUUAUGAAAAUGAAGAAGAUACUAUUGAUGAAGAAGCAAACUCUGGUGAUAAAAAAAGUGCACCAGAUGAUGGAAAUGAAGAAGAUACAAUUGCUGAAGAAGCAAACUCUGGGGAUGGAAGAAGUGCACCAGAUGAUGAAAAUGAAGAAGAAAUAUGUGAUGAAGAAGCGAAAUCUGGUACAGAGCAUCUAAGGAAAGAAGAGAAUAUUCUUGGGAAACUGAGAAUCAAUCAAGAGAUAUUAACCGCAAAGUGGUUUUCGGCUAUUGCAGUAGAAGAAAAGUAUUGGGUUGGAGUUGUAGUCAACUUGGAGAAGAGAAGUAUCACAACAUUCAAUUGUGCAGCAAUGAAGUUCACAUAUGCGAGUUUGGUCCCUUAUAUAAAUGCAUAUGCGAUGGCUCUCCCAUUCAUGUUUCGCAACUUCUUCAAAGAUGUCAGCAUGGAUACAAGCAAGUUCUCGAUAAAAAUUGUAUCUGAAGGUUUCCCACAGGAUGGAGAAGUAAAUGAGGAUGCAUCUAAAAAGCCCGUGAAGGUUACAAAGAAAUGUGGAAGAGGAAAUAAGGAUGGAGAAAUGAAUGAAGAUGCAUAUAAAAAGCCCGUGAAGGUUACUAAGAAACGUGGAAGAGGAAAUAAGGUAAAUAUCUCCAUGUAUAAUGGGAUGAAAAAAGGUGUAACACCCCCACGUGAAGUACAACAACAAGUAGAAGAUGAUGCAGAAGUCGAUGCUAAAGACAGUGAAAAUCCAGAAACCAAUGGAGAUGGAGAAAUGAAUAACGAUGCAUCUAAAAAGCCGGUGAAGGUUACAAAGAAACGUGGAAGAGGAAAUAAGGGAAUUGUUGGACCCAAUUUUGGUCAAUACCAUAAUGGGCCACGAUCAAAGACAUAG